AUGAGAUUAGGACAUAAUGAAAUAAUGAUAACAUCAAUGUACUUUAAUAGUAUUAAUGACUUUAUUAAUUUAGAGGUUGGUGUUAAAAGAUUUAGAGGAAAUAUGGAACGAUUUCAUUUUAAUCCAAUUCCAUUAAAUGAAUAUUCAAGAAAAUUAUUUCCUAAUAUUGAAACAUUUCAUAUUUAUAAUAAAAAAGAUAAAGUGUUUAAAGAUGGAAGAAUAUUUAAAAAAGUAAUAUGGUAUAAAGUAGAUUAUUCAAUAUAUUUAAAGGAUGAAAGAAAAGGAAACGUAUUUAAAAAUAUCGAAUAUACAAAAUCAGAUAGAAUGAAAUAUGGAAACAAAAUACCAUCAGAAGUUAAAUUAAUUGGAGAUGGAUGUUUUGAGUCAUGUGAAGAAAUAACAAGAAUUAAUAUACCAACAACAAUUAGUGAAAUAGGAAUUAAUUGUUUUAAAAGAUGUACAUCAUUAAUAUUAGUUAAUAUACCAACAGUAAUUAGUAAAUUAUCUAAUAGUUGUUUUUAUUCAUGUGUUUCAUUGAAUAAUAUUAAUAUUACAACAUCAAUAAGUGAAAUUGGUGAUUAUUGUUUUUAUGAAUGCACAGGAUUAACUGGUAUUAAUAUUCCAACAUCAAUAAGUGAGUUAGGGUGUUAUUGUUUUUGUGGAUGUUCGUCAUUAAAUUCUAUUAAUCUACCAUCAACAAUUCAGAAAUUAGGGAAUAAUUGUUUUUGUAAUUGUACAUCAUUAAAUGGUAUUAAUAUUCCAACAUCAGUUAGUAAAAUAAGUGACUGUUGUUUCAAAAAUUGCAGACUUAUGAAUAGUAUCAUUAUUCCAACAUCAGUUAUUGAGUUAGGAAAUCAAUGUUUUAAUGGCUGUAUCUCGUUAGUAUCAUUUAACGUACCAACAUCAAUAAGUAAAAUAACAAAUAAUUGUUUUAAAAAAUGUCCAUCUUUAAUUAACAUCACUAUUUCAACAUCAGUUAAUGAAUUAGGUGAUUCUUGUUUUAGUGAUUGUGUUUCUUUAUCAUCAAUUAUUAUACCAACAUCAAUAAGUAAAAUAGCAAAUAAUUGUUUUAAUGGAUGUGUAUUAUUAACAGCAAUUAGUAUUCCAUCAACAAUAAAUAAAAUAGAAGAUAAUUGUUUUAAUGGAUGUACAUCAUUAACAUCAAUCACCAUACCAACUUCAGUAAGUGAAAUAAGAAACUAUUCCUUUUAUGAAUGUUCUUCACUUGUAAAUAUUACUAUCCCAACAACAAUUAGAUUAAUAGGAGAUUAUUGUUUUUAUGAAUGUACAUCAUUAACAUCUAUCAACAUUCCAACAUCGGUUAGUGAAAUAGGUAAUAGUUGUUUUGAAAAAUGUUCUUCAUUAAAAGAGGUUAUUUUACCAUCAUCUAUUUGUAAAAUUCCUGACAAUUGUUUUAAAGAAAAUAAAUCAUUGAAUAUAAUAACAGUCCCAAUAACAAUCAGUAAAAUAGGAAAUUACUGUUUCUAUAGAUGUACAUCACUUAAACAAAUUAAAUUUCUUUCUUUACCUUCUGAUUUAGGAAAGUCGUGUUUUAAUGGUUGUGCUUGUGAACAUUUAUUAAAACAAAAUACUAACAUACCUGGGCGUUGUUUUAAUGUCUAA